GCCGCUGGCCUCCCAUGGGCACCUCUGGGGGGGGGGGGGGCGCGCACGCGGGGAUGGCCACCGAGCUCCAGGCUCAGUCGGCCGACGCGCAGCACAUCCAGCCGAAGGCUUCGCCGCCGCCUCCUCUGGACGCUGUUGCCUCCCGCGGCGGGGCGGGCUCCUCGUUCGACGGGCCGCGCAGCUCCGCCAGCGGCGCGGGCAGCCGCGCAGCCGCGUCCGACGAGCGGCGGCCGUCGCUGGCGACAUUCGGCCCUGCUGGCGCCGCCGCAUCGGAUGACGCCUCCGCCGGAGAGCCACCGUCGCCUUUGUCGGCGCCACCCUGCUGGCGGCGCUUCUUCACGGGCAGCACCGAGGGGAGGAUGCCCCACACCCUGCGGAGCCUUCGGGCCUCGUGGUUUGUACGCAUCUUGAAGGUCUACCACGUGUGGGCCUUCACUAUGGCCAUCGUGGUCAUCGUGGGCAUGGCCGCGUCCACGUUCCUGAGCCUGUUCCUGCUGCUGAUGCACGAGAUGCAGGCCCGUCACCGAGACCGCGAGGUGCUGAAGCUGGAGGUAGACGACUGGCCGACGGUGCUGGUCACGUUCACGAACACGCUGCUCUACUGCCUGGUGUUCGUGAGCUGUGGCCUGCGCGCGGUGUGGCUGAUCAAAGACUGCAUCAGCGACGACAUGUUCAUCGACUACCGCCGAACGGUGUGCUGCGAAGGCGCGGGUCCAGGCACCUUCCCGAUCGCGCGCACCAACGAGGUGUCCGUGAGCAGCCAUGCCGAGAGACAGCGGAUCCACCGUGCGCUGGCCGACGACGGAACUCUGAUGGAGGACCUGUUCCUGGAGAGGUUUGCCGGCUGCCUCUUCCAGGGGUCCAAGCUCCUGCUUGAGAAGAGCAUGGAGGACAAGGAGCACAAAGACGACAUACUGAGCCUGGAGCUUGACCCUCCGGCUGUCCUCGUCUUCCGCGUCACAGCCCGCCCCGCUGCUUUCCGCGGCGAGGGCUGCAAGGGUCGCUUACGUGCGGUGCUGGAUGUGCUCUGGCAGUGCUGCAUCUACUUCACCCUCGAUGUGCUGCCAGUGCUCUGGGCCCUCCUCGGCUCCACCAGCAACCUCGGCACCGACGACGGCGGCCCCGAAGGCCGCUUCGUCGAUGCCGCGGUGCUGGUUGCCUGUGCCCACACGGUGUUCUACUUUUGCUGGUCCACGGUCAUAGACUACGUCUUCAAGGCACUGGUACUGGCCAAGAUGCUCUUCCCGCGGCCCGUCGAGCUGCCCAGCUCGCAUCCGCUGUCCUCGGCCGCGCCGUCCCAGGCGUGCCUCCGCCACGCGGGCUCGACCAGCAGCGAGAGCUCCAGAGCGACGGCUUCGCGGCACGAGAGCUUCGGGGCGCUGACCGGCGUUCGGAGCCGGGGCGCCGCGAGGCUGGACUUCCUGGGCCAGGCGCGGGAGGUGCUUGGCGCAUGCCCCGAGCAGGUGCUUGGAGCGGCUCGCAGGCCGCCGGGCCGCGAGGACGAGCUCAACCUGUGCGUUUGCGCCAGGAACCGCUUCUCGGGCGACGGGUGCAGCGGCCUGCUGCUGGUCUACCUCGUUCUCGCCGGCGUGUUCAGCAUCGCCGUCUACUCUCGGAGGGAUCCAGAGCUCGUGUUCCACGCGGAGCCCUUUGUGUUUGCCUUCUGGCUGUCGGCCGCGGUCUGGGCUCUGCUCCUGCUGCGCUACCGCCUCGGAGCCUGGGUGCACGGCGUGACGGCCAGCAUGCUGAGAGAGAUCGGACAGCCCGGGUCCAGCUCGUCUUUCGGCCAGCCCUUCGGCGCCGCUUCCGUCCACUGGUCCCUCUGCUUCCUGAUCCACUGCGGGGUGAUGCCCAUGAGGAUCGUCUGGAAGUCUGCGCUCAUCAUGGUGCUCUCCCUCGGCCUGUUCGCGGUCGGGACGACCCUGGCGCUCAAGAGCAUUGCGCUCGUCGUGGGGACCUGGGCAUUCUUCCUCUUCUUCAUCGCCUACUUCGUCCCGGACCACCUCUGGAAGAUCAUGGUAAUCAACUUACUGCUCCUCGCCGCGGCCGCCAUGGCCGCCAUGGCGGACCUGCACGGCUGGGCCGGCGUGCGCCGCACGGCCUUGCUGAUCUUGCUGACGCAGAUGGGCGCGUGGAGAGAGCGCGGGCAUCAGUCGCAUCGCGUUUUCAUGGCCUUGUUCUUCGUGCUGCUGGUCGGCAUCGCAGGCACCGCCCUGUACGCUGCGUCGGAGGCGCCCGGGACGGUCCUGCCCGGAGCGAACGUGCACGAUCGCUCCGGGCCGCAGUUCGUGUUCCCCCUGGUCGCCGAUCGCCGCAAGAACUAUCCGUUCUGCGGCUUCUCCUGGCCGAUGGCGCAGGGCGACAACGUGUCGAGGCACUGCGGCGAUGACCGGCUCAGCUUGGUUGACUUUGCACGCAUGUCGCAGAUCUGCUACACGGACGACGAUAAAGAAACGAAGAGGGAGUUGGACACAUUCUUCCCUGGCUGGGAGGUCAACCGGACGGAGCAGAAGGGCUUCGACGAUCUCAGUUUUCUGCACCUGUCUAGGGGCAAGACUCACGUCGUCGCAGUAAGGGGCACCAUGAGCUUGUACGACAUCCUCCAGGACCUUAACAUCUGGAUGCCCACUGCGAUCCUGCAGCUGGCCAGUCUUGCAGGCCCCCACAUCCCUGCCAUGUCUCGUAUCCUCGAGGGCGUGACCGUGUUCGCCGGCUGGCUGGAGGACCCAGCCAGCUAUAGCCAGGGCCCGAACCGCGUGACUGGCAAGAGGAAGCUUGAAGGCUUGCUGGACUACCUGAGGCACAUGAAGCAUCACGCGGAGGAAGGAAGCGUGUUCUACACCGUCGGCCACUCCCUCGGCGGCGGCUACGCGCAGCUGGCGGGCGCGGUCGAGGAGAACAUCACGGCCGUGACGUUCUCGGCCCCUGGGCUCCAUUCCACCCGCCGGAUCUUCGAUCCGUCGCCCAGCAAGUCCGCGUUGCGCCGCGCAGGCGUCAACGUCGUGCCCGACAACGACCCAGUCCCCAAGGUCGACGCGCAGGUGGGCACCGUGCUGAAGAUCGACUGCGGCGGCAGCGCCGUGGGGUGCCACAGCAUCAUGUCGACCCUGUGCGAGCUGUCGGCCGCCUGCGGGGCGGCCGGCGGGCGGCCGGCGCCGCGGAACUACACCUUUUGGUGCUCGGAGUGCGAGGCCAGCGGCCAGUCUGGAGGCAUCCCCCGGUGCGCGGAGCAGCCGCGGCCGAUCGUCGCGUAGGCCGCGCGUCCCUGUUGCCCUCCUUCUCCCUCCAUCCUCCAGCCUCCCUCACCCUCCUCUGCCUCCUCC